AGUCAAGUCGGCGAAAUAAUCAAAAGUCCAAAAUGCAAAACAAAACACAAAAUCCCGGCUAUGUUAUUUGUGACGAAAAAUAUUAAUUAUUUGAAAAAUUAAUUAAUUGACACAUUUUGCGUAAAAUUGACUAUAUACCCAUUGGUUGGUUAAACUUUGGUUAACAAUGGACCCCCCACAAAAUCAGCGUCGCAAAUUACUCAGCCAAGCAGUGGCCCUCAUGGUACAAGAAGUCGGGUAUGAAAGCGGAGAGAGUGUCGCAUUGGAAAUGUUGACGGAAAUGUUUCAAAGCAUACUCACCGAGAUGGGUCGCACUACUCGAAUGUUUACUGAAUUGGCUGGCCGGGUUGAGCCCACAGUUGGCGAUGUGACCAUGGCCCUUGUCGACAUGGGAAUUAAAGUCGAUCCUGUUGGGUUGAGAGCAUUCAGUCGGCGCAGUACGAAACCCGUGAUUCCUGCCCCAGGAGGGUUGCCUCUGCCGAAAGUGCCCUCCAUUCUUUCAGCAGGGAAGAAGAGACCUUUACCAAAUUAUAUUCCAGAUUACUUUCCCCCCAUGCCGGAUCCUCACGCGUAUAUUCGGACUCCGACCCACAAACAACCCCUCACUGAUUACUCAGCCUGCCGAGAAAAGAUGUCGCAACAAAAGCGCGACUUGGAACGCUCGUUAACAAAGUAUAUCGCCCGGACCUCGCCAUGCUACUACAUUUUUCCCGAAAAUCAAUCCAUGUACCCCAUGAUAUUGCCUAAACCGGUAACUUGUGUGGAUCCGUUGGUUCCACGGGAUCAGAUUUUCGAAGAGGAUCCUACCCCCCAGCGAUUAAAUUUCGUCAGGAAGGAGAAAGUCGUAGAAAAUUUGCCAAAGUUGAAUGACGAUGACUCUGAUAACGAGACCAAGGAGGGUGGUGCCGUAGCACCGCCAGCGAAAAAGGCAGCAGUCAGUGUGAGCUGGGAAUUGAUUGACAAUCCAUUUCUUCGGCCAGUCAAACCGUUUCGUAAAUCUCCGGGUAAGAAGUCGAGUUAAUUUGAAUCAAAUUGACUGAUAAUUAAAUAUUUUUAAGGAUUUUUUCUUGACUCGUGUUUGUUGUAUUAAUUAAUUGUAACAAAAGUUAAUUGUAAGAAAUGUAUAUUUUUUAAAGAUGACAUCACAAUUUCCUGACAUGUUCUCAAUUUAACGAUUCGUAUUCAAAGAAUUGUUAUAUAAAUAAAAUGAAUAAAAGCUUUCAUUCAGUA